CCCAAUUGGUGGUGGACUCCGGCAAUAACUGCCAAUUUACACAGCUGCUGCUGCCUCAGUCUUUCCCUCCUAACCCAACCUUCAAAAAUCAGUUUCAGAUCAAACAGAAAAGAAUUGUUUGGUGAUUUGAAUCAAAGAAAGAAGGGAAACGAUGAGCGAUGAUCAAGAACACAAAUUCUUCCAAGAACUCCGCGACGAAGACAGCAUUUCGAGAUCCUUGCUGCACCUCUCCACCGCUGCCAACCACCAACCAACCACCGUCGUUCCGCCAACCACCUCGGAUUACACCACAACAUGUAAAAGACACUCCAUUUCAUCGCCAUCAUCGUCGCAUCAACCAUCUUGCAGAAGGGCCACUCUCCAUCCCCCUUCUUCCCCAUCCUCCACCGCCGAUUACCGCCCCCUUGGCUUCACCAAACUCCCACUUCCACACCCUUUUCCAACCGCUUCGCCGCCCCCUCUCCGCCGCACCAUCUCCGAGCCCAUAUACUCUACUGACACCUUCAAUUCUGCCGCCACGCCACCGCAAUUAUCGGAAUUGCCCACUUCUCCAGGCCCAGUCUUGAACCAACCACUGCAAGAAAUUUCCAACAGAAAUAUUGUUCAAGAAUCAUAUACACUUCCAGAUACACUGCCAGUUAUCCACCGCACGAUUUCGGAUCCCAAUCCCGUCGGCAAUCAGCAGGUGGUGGCUGGCAGCCGAACGCCGCCGCUCCCACCUCUGUCAAGAAAUGUUUGGAGGUCUCCGAGCUGUGGAGAGAGUCCUAGUACCAAAAGGCUGAAGAGAAUGAGAGACCGGCUAAAAGAGAUGAGCCAGUGGUGGAAUCAAGUCGCGUGUGAAGGCGAAGAAGAAGAAAAUGAAUCUGAAGAUUACAGCACUGACAACAUCACCAAUGUCCGAGACGAAUCUGAGAUUGAUAUGGAAAAUCCUCCACAGGAAGCUGUGUGGGUCGAGAAGAACGUGAUUUCUGCAUUAAGCCUGAUCAUGCACAGAGAAGAAAUGCAAAGACUGGGGGGGCUGUGUGUAUUUAUAGAGAAGGAGUGCCUCUUGGCAGAAACUUUGGAUGACCUGGCUUUUCGAGAAAGAAGGCGAAAAUUUAGGGAUAAGGCACAAUUUUAUCUCCUCGUUGACUUGAGCAACACGUUUUUUGUUGGAGGAGGCUCCGUCUAUGCGAGGACUCUUGUUCUGCAAGGAGUCUUUUUAGGUCAAGGAGUUCAGCUUCUUGAGGACGUCUCCCUUCCCCCAGAGUUGGGCUUGGAAGGCAAGCCUCGUACCAGGCCUCCUUCUUGA